CCUUUGCUUAGGACCUCUCACGGAUCGAUCUGGAACCCCACUGAUGCCCGAGGUUUCUGAGAAGAAUCAGUGGGGAGAAAUUGUUGAAGAGUUCAACUUUCCCAGAAGUUGUUCUAACGCUGCCUUUGCUUUAAAACAGUAUUACUUGCGUUACCUAGAAAAGUAUGAGAAAGUUCAUCAUUUUGGGGAGGAUGAUGAUGAGGUACCACCAGGCAAUCCAAAGCCACAGCUUCCUAUUGGUGCAAUUCCAUCUUCCUACAAUUACCAGCAACACAGUGUGUCAGAUUAUCUGCGUCAAAGUUAUGGGCUAUCUAUGGACUUCAAUUCGCCAAAUGAUUAUAAUAAAUUGGUGCUUUCACUGUUAUCUGGACUCCCAAAUGAAGUGGACUUUGCUAUUAAUGUAUGCACUCUUCUAUCAAAUGAAAGCAAGCACGUCAUGCAACUUGAAAAAGACCCUAAAAUCAUCACUUUAUUACUUGCUAAUGCUGGGGUGUUUGACGACACUUUAGGAUCCUUUUCUACUGUAUUUGGUGAAGAAUGGAAGGAGAAGACUGAUAGAGAUUUUGUUAAGUUUUGGAAGGACAUUGUUGAUGAUAAUGAAGUACGUGACCUCAUUUCUGACAGAAACAAGUCUCAUGAAAGUACAUCAGGAGAAUGGAUUUGGGAAUCUUUAUUUCAUCCACCUCGAAAGCUGGGCAUUAAUGAUAUUGAAGGACAACGGGUACUUCAGAUUGCAGUGAUUUUGCGAAAUCUUUCCUUUGAGGAGGGCAAUGUUAAGCUCUUGGCAGCUAAUCGUACCUGUCUUCGUUUCCUAUUACUUUCUGCACAUAGUCAUUUUAUUUCUCUAAGGCAAUUAGGCCUUGACACGUUAGGAAAUAUUGCAGCUGAGCUUCUAUUGGACCCUGUCGAUUUCAAAACUACUCAUCUGAUGUUUCAUACUGUUACAAAAUGCCUGAUGUCAAGGGACAGAUUUUUAAAGAUGAGGGGCAUGGAAAUUUUGGGAAAUCUUUGCAAAGCAGAAGAUAAUGGUGUUUUGAUUUGUGAAUAUGUCGAUCAGGACUCCUACAGAGAGAUCAUUUGUCAUCUCACUCUACCUGAUGUGCUGCUCGUAAUCUCAACACUCGAGGUGCUAUAUAUGCUCACAGAAAUGGGAGACAUCGCUUGCACAAAAAUUGCAAAAGUAGAGAAGAGCAUAGACAUGUUAGUAUGUCUGGUUUCUAUGGAUAUUCAGAUGUUUGGCCCUGAUGCACUAGCUGCAGUAAAACUCGUCGAACAUCCAAGUUCCAGUCAUCAAGUUUUAUCUGAAAUUAGGCCUCAAGCUGUAGAGCAAGUCCAAACCCAGACCCAUGUAGCAUCUGCCCCAGCUUCCAGAGCAGUUGUAGCACAGCAUGUUGCUCCACCUCCAGGAAUAGUGGAAAUAGAUAGUGAGAAGUUUGCUUGUCAGUGGCUAAAUGCUCAUUUUGAAGUAAAUCCAGAUUGUUCUGUCUCUCGAGCAGAAAUGUAUUCUGAGUACCUCUCAACAUGCAGUAAAUUAGCUCGUGGCGGAAUCCUAACUUCAACUGGAUUUUAUAAAUGUCUUAGAACGGUCUUUCCAAAUCAUACAGUGAAGAGAGUGGAGGAUUCCAGCAGCAGCGGGCAGGCACAUAUUCAUGUAGUAGGAGUAAAACGGAGGGCUAUACCACUUCCCAUUCAGAUGUACUAUCAGCAGCAACCAGUUUCUACUCCUGUUGUUCGUGUUGAUUCUGUUCCUGAUGUAUCUCCAAGUCCUUCACCUGCAGGAAUCCCUCAUGGACCACAAACUGUAGGAAAUCAUUUUCAGAGGACUUCUGUUACCAACCAGUCUUCAAAUUUGACUGCAACACAGAUGUCUUUUCCAGUACAAGGUGUUCAUACUGUGGCACAGACUGUUUCAAGAAUCCCACCAAAUCCUACAGUUCAUACCCACCAGCAGCAAAAUGCUCCAGUGACUGUCAUUCAAAAUAAAGCUCCAAUUCCUGGUGAAGUCGUUAAGGCUACAGUAAUUCAGAAUUCUCUACCCCAGACAGCAGUUCCUGUUAGUAUUGCUGUGGGAGGAGGAGCUGCUCAGAGUUCUGUGGUUCAGAAUCAUAAUGCAGGACCACAGCCCGUUACAGUUGUAAAUUCUCAGACAUUGCUUCAUCAUCCAUCUGUAAUUCCACAACAGUCUCCAUUACACACAGUGGUACCAGGACAGAUACCUUCCGGCACUCCUGUUACAGUAAUUCAACAAGCUGUCCCGCAGAGUCAUAUAUUUGGCAGAGUGCAGAACAUACCAGCAUGCACUUCUACAGUUUCACAGGGUCAACAGUUAAUCACCACAUCACCGCAGCCUGUGCAAACUUCAUCUCAGCCAACGUCAGGUGGUAGCCAGCCGCAAGACACUGUUAUCAUAGCACCUUCACAGUACGUAACAACUUCUGCAUCCAAUAUUGUCUCGGCAACGUCUGUACAGAAUUUUCAGGUAGCUACAGGACAGAUGGUUACCAUUGCUGGUGUCCCAAGUCCACAACCCUCAAGAGUAGGGUUUCAGAACAUUGCACCAAAACCUCUCCCUUCUCAGCAAGUUUCAUCAACAGUGGUACAACAGCCCAUUCAACAACCACAGCAGCCAACCCAACAGAGCGUUGUGAUUGUAAGCCAGCCGGCUCAACAAGGUCAAACUUAUGCACCAGCCAUUCACCAAAUUGUUCUUGCUAAUCCAGCAGCUCUUCCAGCUGGUCAGACAGUUCAGCUAACUGGACAACCAAACAUAACUCCAUCUUCCUCACCAUCACCUGCCCCGGCUACUAAUAACCAAGUCCCAACUGCCAUGUCAUCUUCUUGCACCCCUCAGUCACAGGGACCACCUCCUACUGUCAGUCAGAUGCUGUCUGUGAAGAGGCAGCAGCAGCAGCAGCAGCAUUCACCAGCACCCUCACCGCAACAGGUACAAGUACAGGUUCAGCAGCCACAACAAGUACAGAUGCAAGUUCAGCCACAGCAGACAAACGCAGGCGUUGGUCAGCCUGCUUCUGGUGAGUCAAGUCUGAUAAAACAGUUGCUGCUUCCAAAGCGUGGUCCUUCAACACCAGGUGGUAAGCUAAUUCUCCCAGCUCCACAGAUUCCUCCCCCUAAUAAUGCUAGAGCUCCUAGCCCUCAGGUGGUAUACCAGGUGGCCAAUAAUCAAGCAGCAGGUUUUGGAGUGCAGGGGCAAACUUCAGCUCAGCAGCUAUUGGUUGGGCAACAAAAUGUUCAAUUGGUCCAAAGUGCAAUGCCACCUGCAGGGGGAGUGCAAACUGUGCCCAUCUCGAACUUACAAAUAUUGCCAGGCCCACUGAUCUCAAAUAGCCCAGCAACCAUUUUCCAAGGGACUUCUGGCAACCAGGUAACCAUAACAGUUGUGCCAAAUACAAGUUUUGCAACUGCAACUGUGAGUCAGGGAAAUGCAACUCAGCUCAUUGCUCCAGCAGGAAUUACCAUGAGUGGGACGCAAGCAGGAGUUGGACUUCAGGUGCAAACACUUCCAGCCACUCCAACAUCUCCAGCUGGACAAUCAUCCUGUACUACUGCUACUCCCCCAUUCAAAGGUGAUAAGAUAAUUUGCCAAAAGGAGGAGGAAGCAAAAGAAGCAACAGGUUUACAUGUUCAUGAACGGAAGAUUGAAGUCAUGGAGAACCCGUCCUGCCGACGAGGAGCCACGAACACCAGCAAUGGGGAUACAAAGGAAAAUGAAAUGCAGGUGGGAAGUCUUUUAAAUGGGAGAAAGUACAGUGACUCAAGUCUACCUCCUUCAAACUCAGGGAAAAUUCAAAGUGAGGCUAAUCAGUGCUCACUAAUCAGUAAUGGGCCAUCGUUAGAAUUAGGUGAGAAUGGAACAUCUGGAAAACAGAACUCAGAACAAAUGGACAUGCAGGAUAUCAAAAGUGAUUUGAAAAAACCUCUGGUUAAUGGAAUCUGUGAUUUUGAUAAAGGAGAUGGUUCUCAUUUAAGCAAAAACAUUCCAAAUCACAAAACUUCCAAUCAUGUAGGAAACGGCGAGAUAUCUCCAAUGGAACCACAAGGGACUUUAGAUGCCACUCAGCAAGAUACUGCCAAAGGUGAUCAACUAGAAAGAAUUUCUAAUGGACCUAUAUUAACUUUGGGUGGUUCACCAUCUGUGAGCAGUAUACAGGAGGCUCCAAAUGUGGCGACACAGCAGUUUAGUGGUACUGAUUUGCCUAAUGGACCUCUAGCUUCAAGUUUGAAUUCAGAUGUGCCUCAGCAACGCCCAAGUGUAGUUGUCUCACCACAUUCUACAACCCCUGUUAUACAGGGGCAUCAAAUCGUAGCAGUUCCCCACUCAGGAUCCAGAGUGUCCCAUUCUCCUGCCCUGUCGUCUGACGUUCGGUCUACGAAUGGCACCGCAGAAUGCAAAACUGUAAAGAGGCCAGCAGAGGAUAAUGAUAGGGAAACAGUCACAGGAAUUCCAAAUAAAGUAGGCGUUAGAAUUGUUACAAUCAGUGACCCCAACAAUGCUGGCUGCAGUGCAACGAUGGUUGCGGUGCCAGCAGGAGCAGAUCCAAGCACGGUAGCGAAAGUAGCAAUAGAAAGUGCUGUUCAGCAAAAGCAGCAGCAUCCACCAACAUAUGUACCGAAUGUGGUCCCACAGGGGUUUGGGGAUGUAAAGGAGGCACCUGGACCCUACAAAGGGACUUCCAAACUUGCAGAAUGUUCAGGGCUGAAAAGACUGCAGGGAAAUGUCCCUACUGAGAAUGGCCAACAGAACGCUCCUCUGACGCCUUCACCAGCUGCGCAGGUGCUGAACCAGCCCAGCACUUCUCAGCCUUCUCUGUUCAGUGCAUCUAGUCAACAAGGGGAGCCAGUGAGGAAACCUGGACACAACUUCAUGUGUCUGUGGCAGUCUUGUAAAAAGUGGUUUCAGACACCCUCACAGGUUUUCUACCAUGCAGCAACUGAACAUGGAGGAAAAGAUGUAUAUCCAGGGCAAUGUCUUUGGGAAGGUU